AUGGUUCCCUACAAACAUGUUCAUUUGUAUCGAUCGAUAGCUUCUUCCAAAAGCUCUCUCUCCGACACUACCAGUACUGCAAGUUCAUUGAAAGAGUCCAAUUGGUUUCGACCAAAGGCCAUCAUAAAAUCACCUUCUGAUCUUGCAAGACAAGAGGAUGGUGUGUUGGAACAGGCAACUUAUUCGAGAGAAUAUCAUCAUGAUGAAUUUUCAAUCGGUGUGAGUGAUAGUCAUAUUUGCAUCACAGAAGGAGAUUUGGUGUAUUUUUGGGGAGGAAGAAAUUCAACAAAGGGACGGAUUCAUGUAUAUGACAUGUCAUUAAAUCGAUGGUUACCUCCAAUCGAACCCAUCUCAAUCCUUGUUCCACAAACCAGAUAUUAUCAUGGCUUUGUAAAACAAGGAAAAGAUCCAAUUUUCUGGUUGUAUGGUGGUGUCAAUGAGGAACCUCCCAAUCAAUCAAAAUGGACAAAUGAGCUCUACUCUUUCAAUUUAACCACUCGAAUGUGGUACAAACAUGCAAAUGGCCCCUCUCCACUCCGAGGCCAUAUUUUCCUUUAUCGAAAAUCCAAUCAUUCCUUACUUUUAUAUUCUGGAAAUAAUUCCUAUUCCACCAAUGAAAUGUAUGAAUAUGACAUUUCAAACUGCAUUUGGGAAAAAAUAGUGCAGAAAAACUACAUUUCUGCUCGCGCCUAUGCAAGUGGAAAUAUUAUUUAUCGUCAAGGAAAAGAAUUGUUAAUUGUUUAUGGAGGAGAUGUUGGAGUUGGAGGCCAAGAAUUGAGUGAUGAAUUAUGUAUCUAUGAUUUUUCUGAACAAACAUGGAGAAUUGUUGAUCUUAUGGGAACUUCAAUACCACCUCCAUUGUUUGGUCAUGCUAAUUCGACGUGCCAAAUUUCUCCAACUGAAUUGUUGAUCUAUGGCGGAUGUGACGAUCAAUACAUCCCCUAUGCACAUUGUUUUAUUUAUAAUUUUGUAACAGAACAAUGGAAAUCUCUGGCUGUGGCCAAUAUCAAAGCAUUGAAUUGUUCCUCCAUGUUCAUUGAUAAGAAACGAGGAAAAAUUCAUCUCUAUGGAGGAUAUGACUCUGGAGCACGAAGUAACAUAUUCAUGACUAUUGAAAUGAAUACUAUUCUCAAUUACACAUGUUUGAGAGCAUUUCCAAAUUUAUUUCCUGCUUUAAUGAGAGAGAAUUUAACAGACAUUUCUAUUUUAGCGUAUGAUGUGCAUCACAUGCAUGACUAG